GGCUCUGGACGCGCUAAAAUUAGUCGUCUGAGCUCGCGAUGAAGGCCCGAUACGAUGACGAGCUGCCGCUGGAUCUCGACGAUGACGAUGCGCUGUAUGGGUGGAGCGAGCCCCACCAGGAAGAGACAAACGUGACGGUCGACUGGUCGCGGCCGCUCACCAUGGUGGAACAGGAAUCGCAGCUAGAGACGUACCGGGAAACCCAACGCAAGUUGUACAAACAAAAGAAGGCGAAGCUCGCGGCCCAAGCCGCGGCCGAUGACAUACAUCUCGGGCCACCACUUCCCCGAGAGUAUCCACGAGAGCCACAAUCCCGGCGCCCUCAAGCUCGUAUCGUCCCCGUCUUCAUGGAGCUGGAUCCCCCGCCACUGGACGUUGAACUGCACAGCCCGGUGCGAACCGAAGCCGAUCUGCAUGCCCUCACACAAAGCCUCGACCCUAGUCGAUGCGCCAAUCCGAAGCCUCGCGCUCUGUCGCCACCCCCUCUGUUGUCGGACCAACUGCCUGCUGCAGUACACACAUCCCCCCCAGUCGUCCGAGUGCGCACCGUCCCCCCGUCGGUGGUACUCGAGCUCGACAAGUCGAGUUUGCCCCACGUCGCGGGCCCCGCCAGACGUGGCCCCGUCCUCGACGACGCCGACCUGUACGCGCAUGAAACGCACUACUCCAACAACUUGACGUCCCGGGUCAAGAAAGGGCUGAGUUUUCACGCGUCGCCACCCCUUCGGCCAUUCGAACGCGACCGAGUUCAGAAAGCACUGGCUCACAAAUCCAAAACCCGACGGCAUGUCGAGCUUCAACAGUUAGAGCAAGCUCUGCGGAUGCGAGAGACGCGCAAGGUCGACAUUGAGCGGCAAAUGCGCAUGGCGCGGAGUUUCGCGACGCUGCGGCAACCACCCGCGACGAUCCCACAAACGAACGUGUCCGUGCCAACCAUGUCGACGUUGACCCUAUCUCUCGAGAAACGAUCGACUGGCACGGCUGUCGCCCGCAGCACGAGCAGCCCCCUACUCGGCCAGCGCAGGUCUUCAACACGUUACGAUCGAUAACACAAUUUCUGCCGACGGAAACCCC